AUGGGCGACGAAAACUUAAAUUCUAGUAAAAAAUGUGAUACAAAUAAGUGUAAUGUAUUGAUAAUUGGUGCCGGCAUGGCUGGGUUAUCUGCCGCCAAUUAUCUUCUGAAAAAUGGCAUGCAAGACUUUAUAAUUUUGGAGGCGAGAAAACGGAUCGGUGGACGAAUAAUUUCAAUACCAAUGAAAAAUCAAAACGUUGAACUGGGAGCCAAUUGGAUUCAUGGAGUAUUGGGUAAUCCAAUUUUUGAAAUAGCGAUGGCCAACAAUCUAGUAAAUAUUAUAAACAUACCCAAACCGCAUAAGGUUAUAGCAGCAACAGAGGAUGGAAAACAAGUACCGUUUGGAGUACUCCAUGAGAUACAUGAAGCCUAUGUAUGUUUUCUAAGACGUUGCGAAGAAUAUUUCCUAUGCCAGUAUUUACCUCCACCUGACAUCCACAGUGUUGGUGAACACAUCAAUUUAGAAGCCACCAUUUACCUAGAACGGUUACCAUCGUCAGAAGAAAAGAAAUUGCGAAGACUAAUAUUUGAUUGCCUAUUGAAAAGAGAAACCUGUAUAUCUGGAUGUAACAGUAUGGAUGAGAUAGACCUUCUUGAGUUAGGUAGCUAUACUGAGCUACAAGGUGGAAAUAUCAUGAUACCUACAGGUUUCAGCUCCAUAUUAGAACCACUCACGAAAAAUAUUGCCCCAGAUAAGAUAUUGAGAGACCAUGCUGUGAAAAAAAUUAUUUGGGACUCGGAUGAGCAUAACUUACAAAGGCCACUAGAAGAUAUGGGUGAAGAGUCAGAAGACUCUGACCAGACAGUGAUUGAAGAUAUUUCCAAAACAUCAGCUUCAGAUAAACCAGUGAAUCCAGGAGAAGGCACAUCAUUAACUGAUGUCACACGGAAACCAAAGAAAAAGUUCCCUAACUAUGUUGAAGUAGAAUGUGAAAAUGGACAAAGUUUCUAUGCGAAUCAUGUGAUAUGUACAAUUCCUCUGGGUGUGCUAAAAGACAGUGCUACUAACUUGUUUGAACCAUCUUUACCACAAUACAAAAUGGAAUCACUUGACAGAUUAUUAUUUAGUACUGUAGAUAAAAUAUUCCUAGAAUAUGAUAGACCAUUUUUAAAUCCAGAGAUUACAGAGAUUAUGUUGUUAUGGGAAAAUUCUCCAACACCUGAGGACAUAUCUGAUUCAUGGUAUAAAAAAAUAUACUCAUUUAGUAAAGUGUCAGAAACCCUAUUACUAGGGUGGGUGUCAGGGAAGGAAGCAGAAUAUAUGGAAACACUAACAAAUGAAGAAAUAUUAACUACUUGCACAAAGAUACUUAGGAAAUUUUUAAAUGAUCCAUUUGUUCCUGAGCCCCAAAAAUGUGUUUGUACAAGUUGGAAAAAACAACCUUACACAAAAGGGUCAUAUACUGCUAUAGGCGUGGGAGCUAGUCAAAGUGAUGUUGAAAGUUUAGCUCAGCCAUUAUUCAGAAAUGUACAUGAUAAAAAGCCUGUCCUGCUCUUUGCUGGAGAGCAUACACACAGCAGUUUCUAUUCUACAGCGCAUGGGGCUUAUCUAUCCGGUCAAAUAGCUGCACGACGCUUGCUGGCUUCAGAUGAACCGGAGGAAAAUUUCAUUGAAUGUCCUGCUUCAGCCGACUUGAGCUCAUGGAUUCAAGGAAUACAGCUUGAGGGCUAA